CCAGCCUCUCCCUUUCAUCACUGCUGCAUCGUCUCGGUGCUCCAGUCUGACCUUCUGCAGCCRCCAUGCACGCGUUUGUUCCCAGAAUCCAAAUUCAAGAACUCUGAACAGGACAAAGAAGAUGGAUGUUUUUUAUGAGACACUUUGAAAUGUAAAAUACUGCUGUACUGAGAGGAUGUAUCUGACGCCAAUUAAAGAUGAAGACGCAGAAUCUGAGAGAAAAGCAAAGUCCCGUCAUGCCAGACAAACUCGCCGGUCAACACAGGGUGUGACUCUGACAGACCUGAGAGAGGCUCAGAGGACCUACAGCCUGGCUCAUCAAGACAGAGAGAAAGAGGAAGGAGGUGCAGUCGGAGACAGGCCCUGUCAGACGAGAGGCUUUGCAGAUGACAGUGAAGCAGAGGAUGACCUGACAGGAUCCACAGGAACAGCUGGGAUUUCUCUGAAGUGGAGCAAAGAGGAUGAGGAGGGGAACAUUGAGAGCAGGUUAGAUACCUUUACCAGAUCUCCUGACCUGUCUUAUUUAUCCCUGUCUGAAUCCUGUGAUCUACUUCGACAAAACUUUUUCAAAGCUGGUGAAAAAUGGUGGAGAGAUGAAAAUCAAAACCUGGUUGAAGAUGCAGCACAGCUGAACUCYUCCACAACAACCGAUCUGAAACCCCUCUGCUGUGAGGCUGAAGACACACAACACGAAAGAUUGUCGAGAUAUGACUCCACUGGAGAAAGUGCUGCAGAGAAGGCUCUGGGCCGCACCAGCUCCUACACACGGAGAGAGACGAGGCUGGCGGCUCUGAACAGACAGGAGCAGGAGUCCACCGCCAAAGACUAUAAGAAGAUGUAUACAGAAGCUCUGCAAGAGAACGAGAGGCUGAAGUCCAGAUUGCAGGACAGCAAACAAGAGUUAGUCAAGAUCCGUUCCCAGCUGGAAAAAGUCACUCAGAGACAGGACAGGAUGUCAGAAAGAUCUGCUGUUCUUGAAUCGGAGAAAAGGGAAAAACAAGUUCUUGAAAAAAAAGUGUCAAACAUGGAGGAGGAAAUAAAGGUUUUAACAGAACUCAAGUCAGACAAUCAGAGGCURAAGGAUGAAAACGGAGCGCUCAUUCGAGUCAUCAGCAAGCUGUCCAAGUGAGCAGAUGUCUGGAGCUCUUCUGUGUCUGUGAACGAUUCAUUCCUGAUUAUUGGGCAACAUUUUGAAGUUGAUGUUUUGUUUCUGGUUGCGGUUAAAGAAACUAAUUCWGAUAAAUCCAACUGAAACUUUUAAAUAUGUCUUGGUUGCAUUGAACACUUUUUAUGAUGGAAUUACAUCGUCCUCCAUUUGGUUWUUGUUUGCUUUAAGGUAUUUUCCACAUGCACAAACAAGGGACCACAUGUGCCGUUUGAACAACGGUCCAGGUGUCUGCAUCCACACUUCCUGUUUGUCUCCACAUUGAGCACGGUGUGGUUUUAAUAUUGUCACUUUAAAGAGUUAUUUUAUCAAAGCAAACUUUUUCAUACAUUUUUCCAAAAGAAGUUUGUACAAACAAGUUUCUUGCUGGAAGCGGUACGAAAUAGAUGUUCCAGGUUUGACUGAGAGCUUUUCAAACUUUGACACUCAGAUGUUUCUGCUUCCUAUAUCUUGGAUUUUAUAGCUCAAAGUCGCUCAAACAGCCUUUCAAUAUUUUUCCAGCAUAAUUUAUUCUGAAGACAACAGAACAAUCUGUGUCCUGUUAUAGUUGUAGUACAGAGAUUUACAAACAAAAGUCAUGCAAUUUUUGACAAAGCAUCAGUUUUACUCAGUAAAAUAAAAUGUUUCAUUCAGACCUGAGAGCCAAAGCACAUGAACCCAUUUGAGUGUGGAAACAGUUGCAGUUGAUUCCUUUGGCUUCUUAACCAUCAAUCACCGCCAUAAUGUAUUGUUGUUGCUGUUGUUGUUUUUAAAUCCUGUAUUUCAUCUUAAAAUUGCUAAAUUGAGGAUAGCUUCUGUAAAUACCAAGCAGGGAGAGAGAAAGAGAGUACCUAUUUAUUUAUCAAGAUUUAAAUUUCAUCUUUACACCUUUGAGUGAAUAUUUGUUUCAAAUAAACACUUUUUUUUGUUGUCUUGUUAUGCGGAAGGGGAUUAGGGCCACAGAGAGAAAAAAAAACCCUAAGUCAAAAUUUAGGAAGAUUUCUUUUUUAUUUUUUUGCUCUGUGUUUCUAAUCCUUUUCCGUAUGUUGGUCUUCCUCAAAUGAAGUGAUGAAAAGACAAAAUAAUAAAACCACGUAUUUUCUCACUGUACUGUUAAGCACCUAACUCUAACCUUUAAAAUCUGUGUGUGAUCUUUGUUAUUAAAUAUUGUCUCAGUUGUUGUAGGAUUUUUCAUUAUCUGCUGCAAACUCACAUUUUAACUGGUUUAAUAAACUACCUGCAGGGGUUGUUUCAAGUUCAUUAGGCACCUCUAUAAUAGCACUUUACUGUCCCUCAUGACAAAUAAAAAUGUGUAAGAAACUGUUUAGUUUGUACUGUGGUUCUUUUGCAGUGCAUAUUUUUUUGUAUUUUAAAUAUUCAGGACUUGUUAGUAAUCUUAAAAACUUUUUUUAGUUGACAUUAGAACAAUAUUAAAUGUCUCAAAAUCCUCUGUAACAUUAACUGGCACUAUACUUAUCAAAUUAUUUAAAUCAAACACAAAAAUGUCUGUAUUUCUGAACAAUAACAUUUUGCACAUAAACACACCCAGCUGUUAGUGCAACGUUCUCCUCGACUUUAGGAAUAAAAUCUUAUAUUAUUUUAUCAAUAAGAUGACCAAAGUGGUAAUCUUUAGAAGUCUAAAAAACGUCUCUUCACAGCUUCAAAAUGUUAUUUUUAAAAUCCAUGGCUAUAUGUUUUCAGUAUAGCGGUGUAUGUGACAAGGAAUCUGCUUUUAGCAGUUGUUUAUUUCAAGUCUGCACUGAUAGAUCAGCUGAUUGAUUUAAAAACAACAGAAGGAAAACGUGUUGAGCAUCUGAGAUGUGCCAAACUAGUCAGGAGGCUGAUACAAGACAAUAAGUGAUAACGUUUUAGGUAAGGCCUCGCUCAAAAAAUGAUUGAAAACUCCUCAACAAGGGUAAAAAAAAAACAAAAUCUGUCAGGAUGUGGAUGAUAUUUACAGUCUUGGAUGCAUCUUACUAACAAUUAUAAGAAAAUUAGGAAUACUAAGAAUGCAGUGAAAUCCUAAAUAUGCAUGAAAGAGCUGGAUAAGUGGCAAAGGGUACAAAACUUUUGAAGCAAUGUUGAGGUGGUUUUAUCUUUGUGGUUCUGGGCGGAGCAUAGCAGAGCAUGGUGGCAGUGAAUCUAUGAUGUGGGGCUGGAGCACAUAUCGGCUUGAUUAUUGCAAAUUUUAAAGCAGAACUGGCCUAAUACCAAAUAUUAUUUCAUAUGUUCCUGUAGAUUUGUGCUAACAUAGUAUGAUCUUUUAUGUCUUGUUCAACCGGCAAGAUAAUUAUGCUGAUUUUUGACCCGAUUUUGUCCUCCUCACAGUCUUGAGGAUGCCCAGAUUAUGGUGACAGCUCUAAAAAUAAUCUGAUGAAAUAUUCCUGCCAUGUGUGGCAUGUUAAGAGUGAUCUAGUCAACUCAGAAGGACGUUUGGAUCACUCCAAUCUCAAAUAGGGGAUAUUCAACAUGUUGGAUCAUCUUGACCCAAUAUCCCAGCCUGUGUUGUUUCCUGAGGACAAACAUUCAGGGGACCCGUUGAAUGUGACGUGUAGCCAAUCAGAAAGCAAGGUGAUGGGGAAUCUAAAAUACAGAAGACAAAUCAACUGCCACGGUGCACCAGGAAAUCUGGUGUUUGUUUUUUUAUUUAUUUUCCUUCUGUUUAUUUACUCUGAAAAACGUGACUUCUUAAAAUAAAGUUGUGCUAGGUUUUCUGGUUGGUCACAGCGUGUGCAUUUCUCUACAUUGCAGGAUGUUAGACUGAAUAACUUCAACAGUACAGUACCUUUUGCUCGAUAAAGUGCAAAAGUGUUUUCGUGACAUCAAACACAAACAACUCAUGGUAAUUAAAAGGCCUUUAUUUCCUAUUUGUUGUUUUUUUUUCUUUUGUUUUUACAGAACUUGUAACACAUAUGAUAAAUUUGUAAUAAGUUAUUUGGUUCCCUUUGAUAACGUCAUAAGGUUCCCCAACGAAUGUCCAUAUAAGGGUCGAGAGGAGUUUGUGAGCAACAUUUGUGUCCAGUCAAAGGCUAAAGCAUGCGAUCCACAGUAGGCACAAGUACUGACAUGAACACGCGCACCACAACACUAGACACGAAGAAACACAGCUAGGGGACACGACCUGACUGUCCUCCGAGGAUCUGAAAGAUGAUGAAGAAAAAGCAAUGAAGCCGGGAAAAGAAAGGAGUCUCGGGAAUACAGCUGCGUCAGGCAUAAGGGGUGGGGGGUUAGAGGACUGACAGCUCAAGAGGGGAGUUCGGUACAGUCCUGUAUGUUCGGCAGUAUAGAGUGUCCAUGUUGUAAACAUGAAGGCCGGCAUUCUUCAUGACAAUUCAAAUUCCCGUUAAUGAUGCUGACAGCUGUUUGACACAGAAACAGGAUAAAGACGCCAACAGAAAGCAAACGUAAAUGGAGACACACUGCCUCAAACACAUUCUACAUUGGAGGUGGUGAAACAGAAAGAACUCAAAACGUGAUUACACACAUAUAUACACACAAAAUAAUAAUACAAAGAGGAAAAGAAAAGACAAGAAAGCUUGUUUGAAAGUGAUGUCUCUACCUGCUGAGAGUCUUUGACAGGGUGGUUAACGGGUUGAACUUUGUACGGUUUCCCUUUUUAAAUCCCAGCGUUUGUUCGAAAGUAAAACCAAACCAAAACCACAUCUGUGUGAACGGCGCUCCAAAACUGUCUGAAACGGCACAGCUUCAGAUGCAUUUGUGCAUAACAUCUACAGGCAGCAAGAAAACAGACACAUAGCCAUAUUUAAACCACACUUCAGAUUAUUUUCUUCUUUCCGUUCGAGUGUAUUACUUGUACACAAACUAAUGUACAUUUAAGAAUGAGAUAUGUGUCCCAUGCAUGCAGAACUGUACUGUAAGUUGCAUCAUCCAAUACAUGUUUUUGCACCACGUCAAGCUGAAGAACCCAAAGUAACACAGUUUGUAGACUCGGCCCCCCAUAGAACUUGCCCGGUGGUCAUGURAUUGUAGUGACCCAAGCAAUAAAAAGAAACCAAAAAAGAAACCCUCAGAUGUGCUGUGAGUUAACCUGUUAUCCAUAUGUGCCUUUUUAUUUAUUUAUUUUCUUUUUAUUUUUUGGAUGCAUUCGCUCUCUGCAUGAAUUGGUCUCUUGGCAGAAUCAAGCAGAGCUAGUGAAUGCUGGCAACUGUAAUCAGAUGGUGGCAGUGUUUCUCCAAAAACACAUUGAAAUCUUGUGUUUUAAAUUGUGUGUUGGUGCAUUGUUUGGUCACAGUCAAUGGGAUUAAUGAGACACUGGUUAUUAUAAUAUUGCAUUAGACAAUGUGGAGCUUCUGCAACACAUUGAAGACUGUUGCCAGAACAGAUGCGGCUGUUUGCUUUAAAAGAUUUCAGUGGCUGAGAUCAACUUAAAGAAACGGACUGUGGAGAAAAGAAAUGACCUAUUUGCCUUCCUGCCAGGAGCCAAAUGAACAUCUGGCUUCACUCCGCACAAAGAAAAGCUAGAAUCAUCACCUGGAAACUCUCUGUUUAACACAGACACAAAUAUACUUUAUAUUUUACAAAUUUGGACUCCAUACAUCUGCUUAAGGUUUUCCAUGUUUGUAUUUAACGUUUCUACUGAUAUUUUGAUAAGUUGGUUUAGUGAUUUUUUUUUCAGAAGAUCUGCCUGUAGUUACAGGAUGAGUCUUUGUUUUGUUAUAUUUUUACUGUGAUACUUCUUUAUUUUUGGAUAAUAAAAAAGAUGUUUUUUUUUCAUGUAAAAUAAAGCCUUUUUAAACCCUGACUGUUCCUUUCUCUUUGGGCCAUCUACAAUGAAAUUGUUUCCUUUGAUUUCUGUUUACCAGCAUAUUGAAAUUCAUUUCCUCUUGGCAGAAAAUAAACAUAUUUACUGAUUAGGAAAGCAUGUAUUUAAAUGUUAGAGCGAAGCUGCACUAAAGCUUUUUUUGUUGUUGUUUUUAAUUGAUCUGUGAUUAAAAAAAUUUUCUGUCUGCAAUGACAGUCUUUUACCCACUUUGUCAUUAUGUUUACCUUAAGCUAUUUACUUUAUAAUUUCAAUUAUUAUUCAAAUCCACAAAACCAAUUACAUCACACUGUACAGAGCAUUUCCAAGAGUAGGCUAUUACAAGAACUAGACAGCGAUGCCAGAUGACUGUGGCUGAUGUUCAGUUUUCACUGCUGCUAGCUAGUAGCUGUUAUAGUAGCAUUGCAGAGUUGCCAGACUUUAUUUAGCUAAUAUACGUCACUACUUCAUCAACAUAGCAGGUAUGCCGGUUUUAUAAAACAAGCUUGGUAGUGAUUUACAUUACAUUAUAUCUUUUAUAAAGUGAUUAUUUUUCCCAAUGAGUGGGUCUGGCCUCAAUAAUUCUCUGCUAGCGGGGUUUGCUCGAUUACAGUUUGUGUUUUUUAAAAAAUGUGUUAAAUUUAAAGGGACUACAAUUUCUUUAAAAGAUAAGAACUUAUAAUAUAUUGAUUUCAAUACUAAUUUUAAGUGGAGGCUAUUAACGUGACCUUAGUGCUAGCUAGUUACAGUAAUACACAGUAAUGUAAACAGAACGGAUAUAAAAUGCAUAUUCUGAAGUAUUCUGUGGGAUUUCAGUCUUUCCAAUUUAAAGCGGAAAUUCAACCUAUUCUUAGGUUGGAAAUUUUUGGAAAAUGGUAGAAAGACUCAUCUUUGUCAUACGAACAAUUCGGACGUCCUUUCAACACAAAGCUAUCAUGUCUUUGUACAGUUUAUCUCAAAAAGUCUCGUCUCACAACUACACAGUGAUUACACUAAGUUUAAUAAUUAAAUCCAAAUAUAGCUGCGUCAACCAUCCAUUUUUACUAAUAAUAUUGAAGUGACAUUGCAGCAUCCGCAUUUAGCGUGCAGACGUGCCGGGUAAUCAACUCCUGGCAAGAAAGCAAAUUCUUAUUAUUGCAUCCAUGAGUGUGAAAAUCCUAAACUAUGCAUAGUUCUAUGGGAGGGAUUCAGGUUUAAAACUCACUGGUUCAAGUUUCUCUUGUUUCACUCUAAUCUUUUUUUUUUUUAGCCAUCGGUUAAAAAUAGUCAACAGAACCAAUCAGGACAAGCCUCAAACCACCUGUGUUUUUGAUUGUACGAGUUCAUUUCUCUGCUAAACUGGGAGAAGAGAAACUAGAAGAGGGACCCAGUUUGGUUCGUAAAUUGCACUCAGCCCUAAAACAGAACAAACUCUUGUUAUAUAUMCAGUAUAUAUGUUUCGCAUCAUUACUGAAAACCUACUGUAGUUACAUAUCAAUUAUAUUUACUAUCAAAACAAGAAACAUACAUUAAUGAACACAAUUUGGAUGAGAUGACAUUGUUAGUUCGGAAAGUAGAAAAAGACCCACUCGCUCCUCUAAACUCACAGUUAUUUUCAGCGCUCACACACAGCGGAAUGAAUUUCAAAGACCUCAGAAAGGAAUCUAAAAGAAACAUAAGCCACAGAAAAAUGAAGACGUCAGAUUUUUUUUCUUUUUUUUAUCACUCAUAAAUAUACUUGAGCUUUUCAGCUGAGCUCUAAAGAGUUAGUGCUUGAGUUUUAUGGCUUUUAGUUUUAACUUAUUCAUUUAUUUUGUUUACACGUACACUUGUUGUAUAAUAAACAGAGUCAAAGAGAGACAGCCGUGAAGUGUUUUAGGUCAAUCAGAUAGAAAAUGAAAAUUGGUCCUGUAAGUAAUAAAAAAAGAGAUAAACAAAGCAGGGGAUAAAAGAGGGGGGAAGUCCAAGUCGGAGUAUUCUGUUUUUGGUCAAAUGAAGUUUAGAGUAGCAGAAAUAAUGGUUAUAAAAACAUUAGCUCUGAAGUGAGGUUUUUUUUUUUUUUUGAAAAGCUGUGAACAAAUAUCUUACUGUUAUACAUACGUAUAUCUUUAAACAAAUUCAGUAUGGAGACAAAGUGUCUACCUAACUGAUGAGCUAAUAGCUGGUCUGAGCAAGGCCAUUUUAAAACAACUAAUAUUUUGAAACUUUCAUAACAGAUUGUGCAUUUGAUAUGUCCUAAACCUUAAUAUUGUUGUCGAUUUUGCAUUACACAAUUAUUCAAUGGGUUUUUGCAAGCACAAAUAGCAAAAGCAGCUAGCUGUAGCAGUCCAGUGCAGCCUGGGACACUUGCAGUAGGAAUAAUGGUGUAAUUCAAAAUUAACUGUAAGGAAAAAGUUUAUAACACUGURAACAUCCACGGACAUUUUUAUUUUUAGGGAUCUUUUAAGAUGGCAGCAAUUAGCUUUGGUCUUCCAACAAUCCAAACGUUCUCCAAAUGGAGGUCGUUCAAAGUGUUAUCUAUAACAUGUAAGAUAUUUGAUAUUAAAAUGUUAUCACAGAGCCCCACAUCACAGGAUCACUUUGUAAAAAAAAAGUAAGGAAAUUUUGAAUAACACUUGUAUCUGCUAUUACACUAUUUUCAUCUACUUGACUUGGACAACCCCCCUAAUUUAAUCUUAAAUUAAAACACUUUUUCCCAAAAUAAACUAAUCAUAGAACAGGUAAUGCAAAUAAUAAAUAAAAACCAUUUGAAUACUAGUAUUUUGAAAAGAUAGUGAACAAAAUAAAUGGUAAAUAAAAGAAGUGCUAAAAGAAAAAAUUUAAGCACAAGAAAUCCGGAUAGCAGGCAUGCGGCUACAUUUUUUUUUCCUACAUAAACUCACACACAGCACUGGACAACACACUUGCUUAAAAUUUUCAGGCGUGGAAAGGUUCUUAUUUAGCAAUAGUACUCUAAUAUUUGUAUGACAUUCUCUCCAAUGACCUUCAGGGAAAAUAAAUACACACUUUGCUCUAUUUAGAAAAUAUACAGUGCCUUUUUUUUCUUUUUUCCAUUUGCUGUGUUAUUAAAAUGGCAAAAUGACACCCAUUUACAUACACAAGAUAUUUUUGCUUUGUCUCUAAAACAUGCUCUUAUGUACAGUAUUUUUGUAGAAACAUGCAGUAUCAACGUGUAGGAACUAUAUUUAUAGGCAAAACUACACACCGAUGGGUUGCUUGAUUGCUUCCAUGUUGCCUUUUUGUUUAGUGUUGUUUCGUCAACUGAAGAGAAUUAAAAAAAUGUUGAUGCCAAGUGACAAACAGAAAUUUUGGUCUUGAUUGUUUUAAAAAAAACAUGAAAAUCCCACAAAAAUAAACAAAAAAUGCAACAGCCAACAUUCAAUGAAUUCCUCGCAAAAAGCGAUGACAACACAGAAAAAAGUUUACUGCAUUUGCUUUACAUAGAACACAGUAGUUUUUGCUGUCGAUACUAAGUCAAACUCUUUGAGUUACCAGCUAAAACAUGUAAGCAAAAACACACUCUAACUGAGCAGGGUGGAUUUGGGUUAAUAAGAAGUCAUGAACUCUGGACAAAAGCUUAAUUUGCAAAUAUAGAGAGCCAAAGAAACCACUGAUGCCUUAUAGUUUCUGAAAAAAAA